UUGUAGGGGGAGUUAUGUGUGUGAUAACAACAAGAAUGGGUGUGUUUCUAGGGCAGUCCAGCAGCGACUGCAGGGAGUCAGAGAGAUCGCAGCCCAGUCAUACCUCUGCGGCUUACUGGUUGUGUGAUGGGAGGCAUGUUAUUUCCUAAACCUCAUUUCUCAUCUCUAAAUUAGUGAUCUCUUCGUGCUUGCAGAAGACGGACAAAUGAGGCAAUGUAUAGAAUUAUCCUAUCAGUUGGACAAGGGGAGGCUGCCAUUCCUGGCGAGGAAACCUUCUCAUGGCUGCAGAGCUGCCCCUAAAGCAAAAUUAGAGGCAAAGCCAGCCAGCAGCCCCUUCCCAGCCCAGCCCAGCCCUGCCCAGAUCACCCAGUUCCGAAUGAUGGUGUCUUUGGGACAUUUUGCCAAAGGAGCCAGUCUGGACGAUCUCAUCGACAGCUGCAUUCAGUCUUUCGAUGCAGAUGGAAACCUGUGCCGAAGCAACCAACUGUUGCAAGUCAUACUGACCAUGCACCGAAUUAUCAUUUCCUCCGCCGAGCUGCUCCAAAAAGUUAUCACCCUCUAUAAGGAAGCCCUGGCCAAGAACUCCCCGGGGCUGUGCCUGAAGAUCUGCUACUUUGUAAGGUAUUGGAUAACAGAAUUCUGGAUCAUGUUUAAAAUGGAUGCUAGCUUGACAAACACUAUGGAGGAGUUUCAGGAACUGGUGAAAAUGAAUGGUGAGGAGCUGCACUGCCGCCUGAUUGACACAACUCAAAUCAAUUCCCGAGACUGGUCCAGGAAACUUACUCAAAGGAUAAAAUCAAACACCAGCAAGAAACGCAAAGUGUCUCUGCUCUUUGAUCAUCUGGAACCAGAAGAGCUAUCUGAACACCUCACCUACCUUGAGUUCAAGUCUUUCCGGAGGAUAUCAUUCUCAGAUUAUCAGAAUUACCUCGUGAAUAGCUGCGUGAAGGAGAACCCCAUGAUGGAACGGUCCAUUGCCCUGUGCAACGGCAUCUCCCAGUGGGUGCAGCUAAUGGUCCUCAGCCGCCCCACCCCACAGCUCCGAGCCGAAGUCUUCAUCAAGUUCAUCCAGGUGGCGCAGAAACUCCACCAGCUGCAGAACUUCAACACACUGAUGGCUGUGAUAGGUGGGCUGUGUCACAGCUCCAUCUCCAGGCUCAAGGAGACCAGUUCGCACGUCCCUCAUGAAAUCAAUAAGGUUCUGGGUGAGAUGACUGAACUGCUGUCCUCCUGUAGAAACUAUGACAACUACCGCCGCGCCUAUGGGGAGUGUACCCAUUUCAAGAUCCCCAUCCUGGGGGUGCAUCUUAAAGACCUAAUCGCCCUGUAUGAAGCCAUGCCCGACCACUUGGAGGACGGGAAGGUGAAUGUGCACAAGCUGCUCGCCCUUUACAAUCACAUCAAUGAGCUGGUGCAGCUGCAGGAGGUGGCCCCACCCCUGGAGGCCAACAAGGACUUAGUGCACCUGCUGACGCUGUCCCUGGAUCUCUACUACACCGAGGAUGAGAUCUACGAACUCUCCUACGCCCGAGAACCCAGGAACCACCGUGCUCCUCCACUGACUCCUUCGAAGCCCCCCGUCGUCGUGGACUGGGCCUCUGGAGUCUCCCCCAAGCCCGACCCGAAGACCAUCAGCAAGCACGUGCAGAGGAUGGUGGAUUCUGUCUUCAAGAACUAUGAUCAUGACCAGGAUGGAUACAUUUCUCAGGAAGAGUUUGAAAAAAUUGCUGCAAGUUUUCCCUUUUCCUUCUGUGUGAUGGACAAAGACAGGGAAGGGCUCAUCAGCAGAGAUGAAAUCACGGCCUACUUCAUGCGGGCCAGCUCCAUCUACUCCAAGCUGGGCCUGGGUUUUCCUCAUAACUUCCAAGAGACCACCUACCUGAAACCCACUUUCUGUGACAACUGUGCUGGAUUUCUCUGGGGAGUGAUCAAACAAGGCUAUCGAUGUAAAGACUGCGGGAUGAACUGCCACAAACAAUGUAAAGACCUGGUUGUGUUUGAGUGCAAGAAGCGAGCCAAGAACCCAGCAGCCUCCACAGAGAACAGCACCUCUGUGGGACCAGCAUCCAGCCUUUGCUCACUGGGUGCCAAAGACCUGCUCCACGCCCCUGAAGAAGGACCUUUCACAUUCCAUAAUGGGGAGGCUGCGGAACAUACUGAGGAAAGUAAGGAUCGGACCAUCAUGCUCAUGGGAGUGUCCUCGCAGAAGAUUUCUGUGCGGCUGAAGAGAACUGUCGUCCACAAGGCCACCCAGACUGAAUCACCAUCUUGGCUCGGCAGUGAGGGUCCUCCGGGCCCCUUUGUGCUGUCAUCCCCCAGGAAGACAGCCCAGGAUACUCUCUAUGUGCUCCCCAGCCCCACGUCUCCGUGCCCCAGCCCACUCUUGGUAAGAAAGCGGGCUUUUGUCAAAUGGGAGAAUAAAGAAUCGCUCAUAAAAGCAAAGGAGGACCUCCGUCACCUCAGACUGCCCACGUACCACGACUUGGAACAGGAAAUAAAUACUCUGAAAGCAGAUAAUGAUGCCCUGAAGACACAGCUGAAGUAUGCACAGGAGAAAAUAGAAACCCUCCAACUUGCUAGAAGCAAUCAUGUCUUGGCUCAGAUGGAGCAGGGUGACUGUUCUUAGCCCAGAAACUCAAGGAACACAGCUGAUCACAACAAAGUUCACAUUUCUUAGGCUUAUUAGGGGAACAUUACACUGACAGGCUUUUCAAAGGGUACUUACAGAAAAGCCAGUUCCUCUUUUUUUUAACCUAAGAUUCUGACUGUGCAGUAUUGUUUACCAGUCUGGUUAACUCAACAGGCAGAAGCUGAUGAAUUGCAUUUGUAACACAAACUUUAUUCCCUGGGACUCAUACCAAAAGUGUGCAGAAGUGUAAGCCAGCUUCUCCUAUGUAGCCUGCCUGGCUACUGUCUCCUUUGAACUAGUCCCCAGAAAAUGAGUUUCCUUUUACCCCUAGGUUUUCUGUGAACUGAAUAUUAACUUACUUUUACUCAAAGGUUGCUUGUAGUAGAAAAUUACCUGCAUUCCAAAAAGAUUUACUUCUACAUCCCAUCAUCAGAUUUUAGGAAUCUGUUUCCUACUGUACUACCUCAGAUGUAAUCCAUUAGCCUAUUUCCCUUCCCUUCUCACUACACACACACUCCCAUGAGUCGUCCUGCACAGGAACUACUGACAUGAAGCCACAAUUUCUUUAGAAGCAUGUUAAAGCAACGUGACAUUGAAUUCCAAGUCACUUCAUUGUUUUAGUCUCACAGUCUUAGUAAGUAACCAAAUGAAGUACUUGCAAACCUGGCUGUUAGCUAAAAUAACACAAACAAGGUGUUUAUUCUAUAAUCUACAAUGGACAGAAUUAGACACUUAUGGCUUUAAAAAAAAGUAGAGUGUAAUUCUUCAUGUUCCACCUUUAUUUCAGAAACUGAAGAAUAUUCUUUGAACUGAACUUGUGCUUAUUUUCACUAUAAAUACUAUCUAGAAAUAAACUGCAUCAAAGGCUUAAGGGUCACAGCUCACAGUAUACAUAUGUGUACAGUGUAUAUAUACAGUAUCAUGCAUGUGGUUUGGAAUUGUAUUUCCUCCUUCAUGAAAUGUGGAAGUGAUUUAAACUACUUUAGUCAUUUAUACAAAUUCACAAAUACAAAGAUCAGUCUGUUAAAAGAUGUAAGAAAUUGUUUCCAACUAUUGUUCAGCAAAAUGACAAGUAGGUGUCCUGUGAAAUUUUCUAAUGAAGGCUAAUGAUUAAUGGACUCAUUCAGUUGCCUGGGCAACUGUUCACAAAUUCUUGUCAUUCUCUUAUUGCUUUAAAAAUGUUCAUGUGAGCAUUUUCUUUGGGGGGGCGGGGGAGAGGAGAGCAGCAAGGGGAGGGGAGGGCUUACCCGCCAUGCUUAGAAAGCCUGGUACCAAGCUGACUUGAAAUUUAUACUGAUGUUGAACAACUGUCAAGAAUACAAUGUCAACUACAAGUUCCACACCGAAGGCCAAAACUCUUAACCAGAAUAUGAAGUAUAUGUACAGUGUAGCUCCCUUGGGAGACUCACAUAAUUUAAGACAUUUCUUUGAUCAAAGGCAAGUUUCCAUUUGCAUAGCUCCUUGUACUCGAUUUUUGUGACAUUUAGCUUCCAGUUAGUACUUUUAAACAACCAUUUUACACACAAAUUUUCUCAAAUUCAAACUCAAAUACCCAGAGCAGGGCUGCUGUUGUACACCACCUGGUAUGUAAACUUAAAGCACUUUACUAUUUACCUUACAUGGAACCAACUUUGAACAGUAUCAUGCACCAUGAUUUUUUUCCUCUCACCCUCCAUCCAAAAUACAGAUGCCACGUUAGUUUAUUUUCUGUGUAAAUUAUCUAUAAUCUGUAGGAACUGGAAAUGUCAGCCAAAUCAACACAGCGAGGGUCUCAAACAUUUCAGAAUUUAUCACUGAAAUGCAUAAGAUUUCACAUCUGACAAGGAUCAAUUAAUAUUAGUGUGUAAAUUAGUAGUUAUGCACUGAGCUACACAGAGUUACUGGAGCCCACAGAAAUAAUCUGGAAUAAAUGUUUUGGUUUUUCAAAACCUCCGAUACAAACUUUUGUGUCUUCUACUAACUUGAAAUAAGUUCGGGCAUUCAUUUAUCUGCCAAAAUGAGGCAGAUAAAUGUCUUGUAAACAGCACUUCUUACUUUCUUUGGUAACUGACUUGCCUUUUCCUGUUUAUGAAUUUGUGUCUUGGUAUCUCAUGUAAAAAAAUAAGGAAAAAAACAUGUACAGAUUGUAAAGAUUUUUUUAUAUCCCAUGUAAGUUUUCCUUGUGCAAUAUUUAUAUCAUAAAAGACAUUAGGAUCCCUACAACAUAAAUGUCUUGUGCUUAUUCUAGUUCAAG